GGUUUUGGAGUGAAUGUUGGAAGAUGUUAGGUGUGGAUACUGGGGUUGUGGAGGAGUGGUUAUCAGAGUUCAAGACACUGCCAGGAGCAUCCAUAUCCAGCUAUGCUACAAACCUGAAAGACAAGAGCGCUUUGAUUUCAUCUCUUUACAAAGUAAUUCAGGAGCCACAGAGUGAACUUCUGGAGCCAGUUUGCCAUCAGCUCUUUGAGUUCUAUCGCAGUGGUGAGGAGCAGUUACUACGAUUUACACUGCAGUUUCUACCGGAGUUGAUGUGGUGCUAUCUUGCUGUCUCAGCCAGCAGAGAUUUGCAUAGCAGUGGAUGCAUAGAGGCUCUUCUCCUAGGAGUUUAUAACUUGGAGAUAGUAGACAAAGAGGGACAUAGCAAAGUGCUGAGUUUCACAAUUCCAUCUUUGUCAAAACCUUCAGUCUAUCAUGAACCUUCCAGCAUUGGCUCCAUGGCUCUCACUGAAGGAGCUUUGUCGCACCAUGGUUUGUCCAGGGUUGUAUACAGUGGACCUCAUCCUCAGAGGGAGAUGUUAACAGCACAGAACAGGUUUGAAGUGCUGACUUUCCUUCUGCUCUGUUACAAUGCUGCCUUAAGCUACAUGCCUGCAGUUUCUCUUCAGUCAUUGUGUCAGAUUUGUUCAAGAAUUUGUGUCUGUGGAUAUCCUCGCCAACAAGUGAGAAAGUACAAGGGAGUCAACAGUAGGAUUCCUGUUUCAUCUGAAUUCAUGGUGCAAAUGCUGACAGGGAUUUAUUAUGCCUUCUAUAAUGGAGAAUGGGAUCUGGCUCGUAAAGCUAUGGAUGACAUUUUGUAUAGAGCACAGCUGGAACUGUAUCCAGAACCUCUACUGGUUGCUAAUGCAAUCAAAGCUUCACUGCCUCAGGGUGCUGUGAAAUCUAGUAAAGAAGGUACAAGAUGCAUUCAGGUUGAAAUUACACCUACUUCAUCCAGAAUAUCAAGAAAUGCUGUGACUAGCAUGUCUAUCCGAGGGCAUAGAUGGAAAAGACAUGGUAAUAAUGAUUUAGCAAUUCAAGAAGAACUGAUAGAAGUAUCUGAAACUGAUGAAGGGUUUUACUCUAGGGCUACUUCUAGCACAAGUCAGUCUGCCCUAUCUAACAGCAGCAACACCAGCAGUAAGAACCUUUUAGGGAAGAGCCAACGAAGGUCUGGAGGAAGCAAAACUGGAGGAAAAGAAAAAGAAGGCGAAACCUGCAGAGAACAUUUGUCAAGAAAACAAACUCAGAGAGCCAUGAGUGAGAAUCUAGAGCUUGUCUCUCUGAAGAGACUGACACUGACAUCUAGCCAGUCCCUGCCUAAGCCUGGCAGCCAUAGUCUGGCCAGAACGACCACUACGGUGUUUAGUAAAUCCUUUGAGCAGGUCAGUGGUGUCACAAUUCCAAAUAAUCGUGGUGGUAUAUCUGGUACAGAGGCAAACAGGUUUUCAGCUUGCAGUCUUCAGGAGGAAAAACUGAUCUAUGGAACAGAAAGAACAGAUCUUCCCAUUUUAAGCAAACAACCUAAUCAGCAGAGACCUCCUAGUAUCAGCAUAACUUUGUCAACAGAUUGAUAUCACUAAUAUCACUAAAUUGGCAAGUAAAAUAAGAGGUUUUAUGCUGAUACUGAUACUUCGGUACAUUAUGCUCCUCAACGUGCUAUACUUUACUUUCUUAAACCUCAAGCCCAUAAAUUCUUAUUUGGCUCACAUUU